AUGCAUUCAUUUGCUAUUAGUGCCGAUUCAAAUUCAUCCGAUGUUAUGAGUAAUAAUACGUAUGAGAAAUUAAUUUGUCCAAAAUGUAAGGGAGAUCAUAAAUUAUUCAAGUGUCAUAAAUUUAUGUCUUUAACGCCUGCGGAACGAGUCCAUGUGGUUAAAGCACAUAAUUUAUGUUUCAACUGUUUGCAUUCCAAUCACGGUGUAAAGAAUUGUAGUUCAAACUCGAGCUGUCGUAAAUGUUCAAAACGCCAUCAUACGCUUUUACAUUUUCAUCAUAAGUCAGAUGCCAAUGGUAAAGAUAAUUCAGAAGUUUUAAAGGGUAAUCCCUCCACAUCGAGUGUGUCAGUUGAAUCCAAGCCAUCUCCUCCGGUGAGUUUGUGUUCGACAUCAGAAUUAGUGCAAUCGAAAUAUACUGUAUUAUUGGCUACAGCUCAAGUACAUGUUGUAUCUCAUUUUGGAGAAAAUUUUUUAUUUAGAUUUUUGAUUGACAGUGCAAGUCAAUGCAGUUUCAUAACUCAGAGGUGUUGUCAAAGACUCAAGUUACCAGUGAAUCGAGCGUGUCUGACCGUGUCAGGAAUUGGUGUUUCCGAAAAACGCGUCAACGGACAAGCUCAAUUAAAAUUUUAUAGUAAAUAUGAUAUUCACAAUAAAUACACGAUGGAUGUUUUAAUAGUUGAUAAAAUUACGGAUCAGUUGCCAACCUGUGUGAUUGAUAGUGAAGUGUGUGAUACAUUUAAAAAUUUGCGUUUGGCAGAUGAUGAAUUUUAUCGACCGAGUGAGAUUGAUGGAAUGAUAGGCGCCGAGUUAGUGCCCUACAUUCUGAAGGGACUUCGAAUCUCAGGUCCGGAUUCGCCAGUCGCCCUUGAUUCGACGUUAGGUUUCAUUAUUAUGGGUAAAGCGAAAGCUGAAGUCACUAAUAACAUUAUUCAAUCUUAUUGUUGUGUUAACUCUCCCCUUAAUAUGGAUCAACUCAUCCAACAAUUUUGGGAUAUAGAGGAAGUGCCAAACGGUACCGUGUUAAACGCAGACGAUUUAGAGUGCGAAAAAUUAUUUGCGGCGUCUGUUAAGCGAGACGUAAGUGGUCGAUAUGAGGUAGCUUUACCAUUUAGAAAGAUUUUUUCUGAUUUAGGAGACUCUUAUACUUCUGCUUUAAGACGAUUCCAAAACUUAGAAAAACGAUUCGCCUCUAUGCCUUUGUUUAAAAAACAAUAUAUGGAAGUUAUACGUGACUAUUUCGACCAAGGUCAUCUGAAGACCAUAAGUGGUCUACAUCCUAAAUCAUGUGGCUACUUUAUUCCUUAUCACGGGGUUUUUAAGGCUAGCUCCAGUUCUACACCAUUACGAGUGGUUUUCGAUGCGACCGCGAAAACCGAUAAUGGAAUAUCUUUAAACGAUGCUUUAUAUACCGGUCCGAAAUUACAAACUGAUAUUUUUGACAUUCUACUUAAUUUUCGUUUCUUUCAAUUUGCUAUGACAUCAGAUGUGAAACAGAUGUAUAGACAAAUUGAAUUGUGUCCUCCUCAUCAAAAAUAUCAAUGUAUUUUGUGGAGGUUUUCUGGUGAAGAACCUAUUCAAAUUUGCCAAUUAACCACGGUUGUCUUUGGGGUUAAGAGUUCUCCCUACUUAGCUUUACGCACUUUACGCCAAUUAGCUGACGAUGAAGCGAAAAAAUUUCCUUUAGCGUCCGAGAUAAUAUUACGUGAUAUCUAUAUCGAUGACAAUUUGUUCUGUGGCCGAAAAGUCGAUCGCGCAUAA